CAACAACAACAACAACAAUGAAUUCACAUAUAGAUAUGAUCUAUCUAUCUUUUGACAGUGAGUGUGGAACAAAUAAAAAAAAAUACUCAUACAUCAUCACCGAAUUCAGAUCAAAUAGGAAAAAAUAAUGGGUCUACUUUCAUUGUUGAAAAAAUUCAAAUCAACAUCGAAUCCUGAAUUAAGAAUUUUAUUACUUGGUUUAGAUAAUGCUGGAAAAACGACCAUAUUAAAAAAAUUGGCGUCCGAAGAUGUUACCCAUAUAACACCAACACAGGGUUUUAAUAUCAAAAGUGUACAAUCACCAGGAUUCAAAUUGAAUGUUUGGGAUAUUGGUGGCCAACGUAAGAUACGACCAUAUUGGCGAAAUUAUUUUGAAAAUACCGAUGUUCUGAUAUACGUUAUUGAUAGUGCAGAUAAAAAAAGAUUUGCCGAAACAUCGGUCGAAUUGAAUGAAUUAUUGAAUGAAGAAAAACUAAUGGGUGUUCCAUUAUUGGUAUAUGCAAAUAAACAAGAUUUGAUCAAUGCUGUUAGUGCUAGUGAAUUAGCCGAAGAAUUACAUUUGAUUGCCAUAAGAGAUCGUCCAUGGCAAAUUCAAGCAUGUUCCGGUACAUCAGGUGAAGGUCUUAAAGAUGGAAUCGAUUGGAUCUGUAAGAAUAUAAAUAUGAAAACAUCAAAAUCAUCUUCCGCAUCAUCAUCAGUAUCCAAAUGAAAUUUGAAAAAUUAUAUA